AUGUCCGAUUCCUUCGACUACGCAAAGGCGUUCCCCAACCCGCCUGUCGUCAGAGACGCUCUUCUUGCCGAGCUCAAUGUCAAGCCCUGGCUCACUCAGACCCACGAGAGCUUCUACCUCAUCAACGCGACCAUUGUCGAUGCUGCUGGUGGCAAGCUCAUGGACGGGGAAUACGCCAUCAGGGUCGAGAAGGGCGAGAUCGUCUCGGUGGACGCGCAGAAGGGUGCUCGGCUCGACAAUGGCGUCAAGCAGAUAGACGUGAAGGGGAAGUUCAUCUGUCCUGGAUUGAUUGAUGCGCAUGUGCAUGUCUGCGCUGUACCUGGUGUUGCUACCAUGGGAGAUAUGGUCCGUCUCAACCCUCAAGUCGUCACCCUCCGCUCCACCUAUAUCCUCAAGGGCAUGCUCCAGCGUGGCUUCACUACCGUCCGCGACACCGGCGGCGCUACCAAGUUCAUCGCCAAUGCCAUCUCGGAAGGGCUCAUCGAGGGUCCCCGGCUGUUCCAGUGCGGCAAGGCGCUUUCCCAGACCGGCGGGCACGGCGACCUUCUCCCGGGCCAGUCCGGCGGAGACGGCACGGGCUGCUGCGGAGGAAACCACGCAGCUUAUGGUCGUACGGCGGACGGCGUACCGGCGUGUCUCAAGGCGGUACGGGAGGAGCUGAAGCAAGGGGCGGACUUUAUCAAGAUCAUGCUGGGUGGAGGUGUAUCGAGUGAGACGGACGCGAUCGACACGAUCCAGUACUCGCCUGACGAGGUCAGGGCGAUCACUUCUUCCGCGUGGCAGAUGGGCAAGAAGAUGUGUACCGCUCAUGCCUACACUGCAGAGGCGAUCAACCACGCUAUCGAUAAUGGAGUCAAGGGGAUCGAGCACGGAAACUUGCUGGAUAAGCCUACAGCUGAACGGAUGGCCAAAGAAGGCGUCUACCUCACCCCCACACUCAGCUGCUACGGUAUCAUGCUUCGCAAGCCAUUCGAAGACUUCCUCUCUCCCGACUGCCGCGACAAGUCCGUCGAGGUCAUGCAGGACGGCCUCACUGCUCUCAAGAUCGCCAACGAAGCUGGCGUCACUAUCUGUUACGGCUCCGACCUUCUGAUCUCGAUGCAGGCUCUUCAAACAGAGGAGUUUACGGUCCGAGCCAGUGUCAUCGACUCCCCUACCCUCCUCAAGCAAGCUACCAUCAACCCCGCCAAGAUGCUCAAACAAGAAGGACGUCUCGGUCUGAUCGCCAAGGGCGCUAUCGCUGAUAUUUUGGUGUUGGAGAAGAACCCAUUGGAGGACAUUACGGUGCUGGACAGGCCAGAAUUGUACCUCAAGGCGGUGUUCAAGGAGGGGAAGUUGUACAAGGGAGAUCUGUAG